UGUUGAGGAUCUCUUUACUAUAAUUCAGUUUUGUUAGUGUUUUUUUUUACUGUAGGAACACGCAAAUGGGCAAGUACUGCUAUCUUAAAUGUUUAUAGAACCCAUUUACAUCUUUUUCUCUAUUUAUAAAAAUCUGGUAUCUUUUGGGUUCUAUUGGUUUGUUAAUAAACUUUUGGUCGAAUGGACAGGUGACUCUUACCUUGUUGCUGGUACUGAUGGUGUGGGAACCAAACUCAAGCUAGCAUUUGAGACCGGAAUCCAUGAAACUAUUGGGAUUGAUCUUGUUGCAAUGAGUGUCAAUGACAUUGUUACUUCUGGAGCAAAGCCAUUAUUUUUCCUUGAUUAUUUUGCAACAAGUCACCUUGAUGUUGACCUUGCUGAGAAGGUUAUAAAAGGCAUUGUAGAUGGUUGUCAACAAUCUGACUGCACUCUGUUGGGUGGAGAGACUGCAGAGAUGCCAGAUUUUUAUGCAGAGGGUGAGUACGAUCUUAGUGGCUUUGCAGUAGGCAUUGUUAAAAAGGAUUCAGUUAUUGAUGGAAAAAACAUUGUGGCUGGAGAUGUACUGAUUGGCCUACCUUCUAGUGGAGUCCAUUCCAAUGGUUUCUCUCUUGUCAGACGGGUUUUGGCUCGAAGUGGCCUUUCUUUAGAAAAUCAACUUCCUGGCGCAGCAGUUACAUUAGGUGAAGCAUUGAUGGCACCAACUGUUAUAUAUGUUAAGCAGGUGCUAGAUUUAAUUAGCAAGGGAGGGGUGAAGGGAAUAGCGCACAUCACAGGUGGUGGUUUCACAGACAAUAUACCUCGAGUGUUUCCAAAAGGCCUUGGUGCUGUUAUUUACAAGGAUUCUUGGGAGGUUCCAGCUGUGUUCAAAUGGAUACAACAGGCUGGAAAAAUUGAAGAUGCUGAGAUGAGGCGGACUUUUAACAUGGGCAUUGGCAUGGUUCUCAUUGUAAGUCAGGAGGCAUCUCGCAGAAUACUUGAAGAUGGAAAUGGUGCUUACAAAACCCAUCGCAUUGGUGAAGCUGUGACUGGAGAAGGAGUGAGCUAUCACUAGAAAGUGUAGCAGUAGCUUGUGUUGUAACAUGUUGUGACAUAUUUAUUUCUCUCUUAAUUGGAACGAGAUGUGCGCUUGCGGCUUUUUGGUUUGUCCCAUAGUCCAACUAGUGGACAAUGCAAGUUUCAUUUGACAUAGUUAUUCAUCGGUAAUAUGAGUUUGGAUAAACAAGUCGUGUGGAGUUCUCGAAAAAAUUCAUAAAAGUGCUGAAUUAAGGUUGGCUCAGCAGGCUCUCCAAAAGUUUUCAUCCAGUUGUAAAUCUGAGACUGUUAAUAACAAGUCUUUCUUUCUUUAAUCA